CUUCAGCAUAACAAAGAGGCGACCUAUGAGAAGUUUCUCACUUAACUGUGAUUUUUACGACUGUUUGUAACUUGAAGCAGCGGAAGGCGGACUUACAGAUUUUAACGUUACCACGUUGCGUCGUUUCCGUGACCUAAGGUGUGAUGUCCGGUUAUCCCAUCAUGGACGUAUAUUCUGCAUAAUUUUUCUCUCCAUUCUACUUCACCACUGUGGAACAUAGUCUUUUAAGGUGAAAUAUGUGAAGAGACUAUUGGUUUUAGUAAUAAAUUCAUUUCCAAUGAACGGUAUCGCCCAGUCUGAAUUUGAACAGUUCUUAAAUCUACAUGAAGAUCAGCUGAUAGCAAGUGGAAUACCUGGUCACUUUUGGUAUAGAUUACAUGAAAAACUUGCUCAUGAAAUAUAUGAUGCGAAUAGAUGUGUAAUGAUGCAACAGAUUGAGUAUACAGACGAGAGUGAGAAUGAUGACGGUGAUGAUGCUACUGCUGCUGCUGCUGAUAGUGAUGAUAAUGAAGAUAGUGACAAAGAUUCAAUUGGUGUUCUUCGACAAUGGGAUAUUGUAGUCAGUGCUGACAAAGUUUCAUCAACUGACAGUAAUAAUAUAUUCCUGAUUGAUCAUGCAUGGACAUUUGAAGCGGGAUCUAUGAAACAAAGUCUACUUGCAUUUCCUAAUCUCUUACAACGAAUGGCUUCAUUAAUGGAUAUUACAACAGACCAAGAAAAUGAAGAUAUUAUUUCAGAAAUUAGUAGAAAAGUGUGGAAAUUUUGUCGACAUUAUAAAUUAUCAGCACAACAGAAUGCUGCCUUACUAUCACAGAUACCGGAAUUACAACAUCUUAUGUGGUAUGUGCUUGAUGAAGUUGGAUCGCGUAUUCAACAUUCUGAUGAACCUACAGCUCGUAUGGUCCCAUUCUAUUAUGUUCCACGUAAUCUAUGUUAUUCUAUCUUCUGGUUUGUUACUGACCUCCAAGAAGGUGACAGUGUAACUAUUGACUACAUAGAGCAUAUAAAAGAUGCUGAAUUACGACCUUACUACUUACUCCCCUGUCAACCGGUAGAUUUUUCUAGUGGGCCAGUUGAACAUACCUAUGUAUUGACAAAUGAGUUUUUCACAUCACACAGAAUACAAGAAACACUGCCUGUAGUGUGUCGAUCUGAGGAGAUAAUUGAACGGGAGACACUAUGUGUCUAUGCAGAUUUAGAACAAGUUAAAAAGUAUUUAACUCAUCCGCGGUUUACUUUUGUCGAUUCACCGGAGAAAGCUGAUAUUUUAUGGAUGCAUGAACAUUUUAAAGAAUUUGAACGUUUAUCAAUAGAUCGUCCAAAUACAUUUGUUAAUCAAUUCCCUGGGGAAAGUAUUCUUACUGUUAAAGAUCUAUUGGCGAGUUUAGCAGCGAUAUUAGCAAAAGAUAACUAUGAACUAUCUUGUCAAUUGAAUAACACGAAUGAUGAUAAUAAUAAUAAUAAUAUCGAUGAAAAACUUUCAACACCAUGGUAUCCGAUUACAUUUAAUUUAGUCUAUGAACUUCCACAGUUUUGUUCGUAUUUUCAGGCAAAAUGUGAUGAAAUCGCCAAUAAAAGAAGUGAUGAAGAGACGACAAGUACGGAGAGAAAUUUAUGGAUAUUGAAACCAUGGAAUCUUGGCCAUGGUUUAGGCAUAAUUAUUACAAAUAAUCUUUAUAGAAUUAUUAAGACAUGUGAUACUAACCCAAUGAUUGCUAGUCGAUAUAUCACUGAUCCUGUUCUAUUUUAUCGUGAUGAUAUACAAGCUAAUGUGAAAUUUGAUAUUCGUUAUAUAGUGCUGCUGCAUUCUGUUAAACCAUUGACUCUAUUCGCCUAUAAAGUAUUUUGGCUUCGAUUUGCAAACAAACCGUUUAUCUUACAGGAUUUCGAUGCCUACGACAGACAUUUUACAGUGAUGAAUUAUCGUGAUGCUGACAAUUUGAAACAAAUCCAUUGUGAUGAAUUUAUUGAACUGUUCAACAAACAAUAUCCAGAUUAUCAGUGGUCAAAUGUCGAGCGAAAAAUACAUCAACUUCUUGUGGAGAUAUUUCAAGGCGCUACAAAAUAUCCUGCUCCACGUGGUUUAACGCAUAAUUGUCAGUCACGUGCAAUGUAUGCCGUUGAUUUACUGUUGGAAUGGCGUCCAAUCACGUCAUCAACACUUCCAAGUUCCUCAUCAACAUCAGACGGAAGGAAAGAUAUCUUUCCUGUUGUAUGUGAAGUGAAUUUUUCACCAGAUUGUGAAAGAGCUUGUCGUUAUCAUCCAGACUUUUUCAAUGAUGUAUUCUCUUGUCUGUUUCUUAAUCAAUCACCUGAAUUAUGUAACAUGAACAAAUUAACAUAAUCUGAUGUGACCUUUGUACAUUGAACUAACUAUUUGUAUGUGUCAGCCAAUUGGUUUAUUGUAAUGUUCUUUUUUAUGUAUCAAACUGUGAAGCUUGAUUUAUUUAAAUUGUG